AAAUUUUUCUUCUCCCUUCGAGGCCUCUAGCCGUAAGGGCAGAGUUUUUCUGUGGUUCUACCUGUGGUCGCUUACUGUAGCCCCUGUAUAUUAUAACAACUGCUUCCUUGAACCAUGAGCGGGCAGGCGGAUCUACACAAACGUCAAGCACGAAAACGGUACCGCAGUGAGUUCCUUGCCAGCGGGGUCCUGUUUGCCGAUGGAUGAAGAGCGCAGUCCUCUAUUUGGCACUACCGCCCAUGCUGAAAGCGUUGUGCCAGACGGUACCACAGGAGACGAAAGAAGGGACAGCCAGGUGCCAGCGAGAGUUACUAGCCGGCUGUACAUAUCCCAUUUCCUAUCAACAUGGAAUUCUCGAGUCUUCGAGUUUGGGGCUGCGCUAUAUCUAGCCUCUAUCUUUCCCGGAACCCUGCUACCCAUGUCGGUCUAUGCCCUGGCUCGUGGCGCGGCGGCCAUUCUCUUUUCCCCAGCCAUUGGACAGUAUAUUGAUACGGGAAAUCGUCUUCAAGUCGUGAGGUUAUCAAUUGUGAUGCAGCGUCUCGUUGUAGCUGGAUCGUGCGUUGCGUUCUAUAUCCUUGCUAUCGGUUCACCGCGUACCCACGGCGCGGAAACAGGUCUGUUGGUGCUCCUAGCCGUCCUAGCCUGUGUUGAGAAACUCUGCGCCAUUAUGAACCUGGUGUCCGUUGAGAGGGACUGGGUCGUUGUUGUCGCUCGGGAUCAAGCGGCAUUACGAGUGAUAAAUGCACAGAUAAGGCGAAUCGACUUGACUUGUAAACUUAUAGGCCCCCUGUUCAUAGCUCUUAUAAAUGGCAUGUCGACAGAAGCGGCAAUAUUGGUUAAUUUAGGAAUGAAUGUGGCGUCAGUCGCUGUAGAAUACUUUGUAAUAGCCCAGGUCUAUUACGAGGUUCCAGAACUACAACAACCUAAGACAAAACCGCGAGACGAAUCGCUCGGCAGAACAGAACGUAGGGGUCGCUUUGUACACAGCUGGCGGAACGUCCGCAAGGUUAUACAGAAGAGUGUAUAUGAUUUUAGUCUCUACUUCUACCAUCCAGCUUUCUUACCGUCAUUCGCCAGUGCUUUAUUAUACCUAACCGUGCUCUCGUUCGCAGGGCAGAUGGUCACAUAUUUGCUCUCAGCCGGUUACAAUUCUACCCAGGUAGGCGUAGCCAGGACGCUGUCUGUGGUCAUUGAGGUUCUGGCUACGUGGAUGGCACCUUGGCUGAUGGGGAGAAUCGGGCCUGUACGUGCUGGCCUCUGGCUGGUUAAUUGGCAGAUAGUAUGCUUGAUGGCUGGCACAGCGGUCUUCUGGGUGUUCUCCGACCAGCCUAACAUCUCUGCUUCCGGCCUCGUGGUUGGCACAAUCUUCAGCCGCAUGGGUCUUAGAGGUUUCGAUCUCUGUACACAGAUCAUUAUCCAGGAGGACGUCGAAGCUGCUCAUCGGGGAUCCUUUUCUUCCGUUGAAGCUUCUUGGCAAAAUGUGUUUGAGCUCUGCUCUUACGCCUCUACCAUCAUAUUCUCGCGGCCAGAACAAUUUAGGUGGCCAACGCUUCUCAGCGUCAUCGCUAUAGUGGCUGCAAGCAUAUUGUACACGAUCUUUGUUUAUUUACGUCGGGGUCAUCUGGUGCAUUUAUCGAAGUGGAUGGAGAUGGUGCGUUCUCAGAAGGGGAAGCAGCGUUCAAGGGAGCAGGGACUCCGAAGGAUCGCAUCGAGUAGUGAUAUCUAGAUCGAUAUGUAAAACUUUUAGACCGUCAAGUCCACGAACCACACAUUGCACAUUAUGUUAGCGAGUAGUAAUGUUAAA